AUGGCAGAGCAGAAAGGCAAAGUUUCUGUCGAGACACCGGAAGUAGAGAAGCAGGGUGUCUCCAGGGCAAUGGAUGAGGCAGCAGAGUAUCUUGCUCAUAGCACUGGCUUUGCACCUUUGUCCCCGGAAGAAGAGAAGAAGAUGGUACGCAAGAUGGAUUGGAUUCUGCUGCCAAUGCUCUUUAUGACCGCUACCUUGGGUGCCGUUGAUAAGGUCGCUAUCAGUACUGCGGCCAUCUACGGCCUCAAACAUGACCUUCAUCUUGUGGGUCAGCAGUAUUCUUGGGCUGGCUCCAUCUUAUCUCUGGGGGCCAUCGUUGGUAUGUGGCCAUCCACGUACCUAGUCCACAGGCUACCCUCUGGCAAAUACCUGUCUGCAUGCUCGUUAGGCUGGUCAAUCAUGGCACUUCUCUUGCCAGUGUCUCGUGACUGGAGCGGACUGAUGGCUUUGAGAUUCUUUAUGGGUUGCUUGGAGGCGAUUAUCGUUCCAUCAAUUUCUAUUAUCGUUGCCGGGUUUUACAAAAAGUCUGAGCAGCCCCCUCGCAAUGCCCUGGUAUUUGCGGCGGCGAGUUCCAUCAUCAACGGCUUCCUGUCGUGGGUGGUCGGUCACAUUCCAUCUACUGCAGCACUUUCUGUUUGGCAAUACCUUUUUCUGAUCACCGGCUCUAUUUCUACACUUUGGUCUAUUAUAGCUUUGAUUUUCCUCCCGGACUCUCCUAUGAAUGCAUUUUUCCUCAACGAUAGAGAGAAGUACCACGCUGUCCAGCGCCUGGCUGAGAACAAAACUGGCAUCACAAACCGGCAAUGGAAGUGGGAUCAGGCUCUGGAGGCGGCAAUUGAUCCCAAGACAUGGGUUCUAUUUUUCUUCAACAUCGCCAUCAAUAUUCCCAACGGAGGACUCACAACCUUCAGCGGCAUCAUCAUCAACAACCUAGGCUUUUCACCCAUGAUUACGUCCCUGCUUAACAUGCCUACCGGUGUGAUGUCUACCUUGUCGGCAUUCUGCUUCUCUUGGAUCGCUGCUAAGUGGACCAACCGUCGCUGUCUGGUCACAAUGGUGGCAUCCUGUGUCCCUAUAAUUGGUGCCAUCCUUGUCUACGUCUUACCGCGAACGAAUCUAAGUGGUCAGAUGGUUGGUAUCUAUCUGCUAUACACAUACUUCGGUCCGUACGUUGUGGGAAUCUCCAUGGCUCAGGCUAACACGGCGGGUAAUACCAAGAAGGCCGUGCAGUAUUCUAUUCUCUAUAUUGGCUAUGCCGUCGGGAACCUCAUCGGGCCGCAGACAUUUCGAGCAAAUCAAGCACCAGCAUACACAGGAGGGUUUGUUGCCAUGCUGGCUUGCUAUUGCGUCUGCGUUCUGUUGAUGGCAGUCUACUGGGUUAUUGCGCACAGAUUGAAUCGCCGAGUUGCAGAUGGGGUUGACCCUGGAGAGGAUCAAGCGGAUGAGGACUUGAUGGAUGCUUUUGCUGAUAAAACUGACUUUCAGCAAAAGACAUUCAAGUAUACUACGUAG